AUGUCUGAACGAAAAGUGCUCCAGAAGUACUACCCCCCGGAUUUCGAUCCCUCUGCCCUCACGCGCAAGCGCGGUCCGAAGCAGACCGGCCCAAAGGUCCAGACAGUCCGCAUCAUGGCGCCCUUUUCGAUGAAGUGCACGACGUGCGGAGAAUAUAUCUACAAGGGCCGUAAAUUCAACUCCAGAAAGGAGACGAAUCAAGCAGAGCGCUACCUCAACAUCCAGAUUCACCGCUUCUACCUGAAAUGCACGCGGUGCUCGGCGGAAAUUAUCAUCAGGACCGACCCCAAGAUCGCCGACUACGCCGUCAUCAAGGGCGCGAUACGGAACAUGGAGCCCUGGCGCAACAAGGAGGGCGAGAAGGAGAGCGUCGACGAGAGGCUGGAUCGGCUGGAGCGCGAGGAGGCUGAAGCCGCGGGCGAGGAGGAGAAAAACGCGAUGGCGGACCUGGAGGCCAAGAACGAGGACGCGAGGCUGGAGAUGGCUGCUGCGGACGCGCUCGACGAGAUCCGCCAGCGCAAUGCGCGCAUCCAGCGAUCCGAGAAGGACGGCGUGGAUUUCUCCGAGUACGUCGUCAGGCCAGAGGACGAGGAGAGGGCGAUGCAGGAGAAGGAGGACGAGGAGGCUGCGAGGAAGGCUUUCGCUGCUGCGAGGGAGAGGCUUGGAGAGGAGAUUAUCGACGAUGAUGAGUUUGACGGAGGAGUCAUCGGUGGACCAUCAUCAUCCUCAUCCUCCUCCUCAUUAUCGGCGGUGGCAGCGUCAUCCUCAACGUCAGGGGAGAAGUCGGAGGCUGCAGCGACGGGGACCGUGAGGGAUACUUCAAUGAUGCCUCCGCCACCGCCUCCUGCCAAACGCGUGGUGAAGAAGAAGAAGGAUUACUCUGCGGCGCUUGGCAUCAAAAAGAAGCCUUCACUGGUCUGA